GCGCGUCUCGUCUUUGCAAAAGUGCUAGGUAGCUAGGUUAGCCAGCUAGCAUUAGCAUCACAUUCCAGUCAUGUUUAUGGUGAAAGUACACUGGACUGCGAGUUUAGCUAUUUGUAGCCAACACACCCGCAGACAAGUGCACACCACGUAGGAGCUGAACGGUGUACUCUAAUUUAACCAUAUUUUGGAGGAAAGUGAACCACUAGCAAAAUACAAAAUUAAUGGUGUAACAUUAGGUAAUGGACAGUGGUAUUAGUAGCUAGUCAAUGUUGAUAGAGUCAAUGCACAUGUUGGGAUUGCUCGUUUUUGUCUUUCACCCCAUCACACUUCACUAAGUUGGCUCUCAUGGGAGCACAUGAAGAGGACUCUGAGCUGCUGCAGACAUUGACAAGGCUGGCAGUUCUUCAAAAAGAACAUGGAGAAGAUGUCCCGGGUUACCACAGCCCUCGGCAGCAGUGCCAUCAGUGGCCGAACUAUGUUCUGCCACUUGGACGCUCCUGCAAACGCCAUCAGUGUGUGCCGUGACGCCACGCAGGUGGUGGUAGCUGGCCGCAACAUCUUUAAGAUCUACACACUGGAGGAGGAGCAGUUUGUGGAGAAGCUGAAUCUACGCGUGGGCCGCAAACCCUCUCUCAACUUCAGCUGUGCGGAUGUCAUGUGGCACCAGAUGGAGGAGAACCUGCUGGCCACGGCUGCUACCAAUGGGGCAGUGGUCACCUGGAACUUGGGAAAACCCUCUCGUAACAAGCAGGACCAGCUGUUUACUGAGCACAAACGCACUGUCAACAAGGUGUGCUUCCAUCCCACAGAGGUUUAUAUGCUGCUAAGUGGCUCGCAGGAUGGCUUCAUGAAGUGCUUUGACCUGCGCAAAAAGGAGUCUGUCAGCACUUUCUCAGGUCAGUCAGAGAGUGUAAGGGACGUCCAGUUCAGCAUGAAGGAUUAUUUCACAUUUGCUGCAUCCUUUGAGAAUGGCAACGUCCAGCUGUGGGACAUCAGACGGCCGGAUCGCUAUGAGCGGAUGUUCACUGCCCAUACUGGCCCUGUGUUCUGCUGCGACUGGCACCCUGAUGACAGGGGAUGGUUGGCCACUGGGGGCCGGGACAAGAUGGUGAAAGUGUGGGACAUGACCACCAACCGGGCCAAGGAGAUCUAUUGUGUCCAGACGAUCGCCUCAGUGGCACGGGUCAAGUGGCGGCCUGAGAGGAAGUUUCAUUUAGCCACCUGUUCCAUGAUGGUGGAUCACAACAUCUAUGUGUGGGAUGUCCGCAGACCUUUCAUUCCCUUCGCCACAUUUGAGGAACACAAGGAUGUGACCACUGGUAUUGUGUGGCGCCACCAGCAUGACCCUCAUUUUCUGCUCUCUGGCUCUAAGGACAGCACACUUUACCAACACAUGUUCAAGGACGCCACUCGUCCCGUGGACAAGGCCAACCCCGAGGGUCUGUGCUUUGGACUCUUUGGUGACUUGGCCUUUGCAGCCAAGGAGAGUCUGAUCAGCAGCGACGCCAACAGAAAGCCUUACCCUGGAGGCGACCGGCGCUACCCCAUUUUUUUCUUCAAGAAGCCCGACCCGACUGAACAGUUUGCCCAUGUGUCCAGUGCCCUUAGCGUCUUUGAGACAGACUUGGACAGUAACCGCAUGGACUGGUUUGUCAAGACAGCACAACUCUACCUCCUCUGUGGGAAGCCAUUUGCCGAGCUGUGUGAUCACAAUGCCAAGGUGGCGCAGGAGCUCAAAAGACCUCAGGUUUCCACAACAUGGACCAUGUUGAGAAUCAUGUUCUCUGACCCAGCAAACCUCACAACGCCCGGUCUAAACCACAACCUCAGUAAACUGGGCACCUUGCCUUUAAUGAACAGUUUCAACAUGAAGGAAAUGAGUUCAGGGAUGGGCACAGAGAGCAGACUGGAGCGCAGUAAAGGUGAGAGCAGGCAGGACAACAUCCACCUGGAGCCUGGAAACUCGCACGCCAGCAAUAAUAAUGAAGAAAAUGAGGAGACCGAGGGAAGCGAGGGCCAGGCUGAGUAUAUGUUCUGUGAUGCUGAGUUAGAUGACGAUGACCUCUACUCUAUGGAGAAUGACAACCAAGCAGAAGAGCAGGAGUACACGCUGCCCCAGGAGGCCUUCCAGCUGCGCCACGAGAUCAUAGAUAACCCUUCUGCUCCAGAGCACCUUCAGCAGGACAAGGCCGACUCCCCGCACGUCAGCGGCAACGAGGCCGAAGUCACUUGUCUGACACCCAUCGAGUCCUUCUCGCUCAUCUCCAUUUCCCAGCCACUGUUCAGCCCACAUUUACCCGCCAGCUUCUUCUGUCCCAUUGUUCGGGAAAUGCUAACCUAUUACGCCGAGCAAGGCGACGUGCAGAUGGCCGUGUCUGUGCUUAUCGUCUUGGGGGACCGGAUCCGCAAAGAGAUCGAUGACCUCACCCAGGAGCACUGGUACAUGUCCUACAUAGACCUGCUGCAGCGAUUCGAGUUGUGGAACGUGUCCAAUGAGGUCAUCAAGUUGAGUACGUGCAGCGCCAUAACCUGCCUGAACCAGGCAUCUACAACACUUCAUAUCAACUGCAGCAACUGCAAGCGGCCAAUGAGCAACAAGGGCUGGAUUUGUGACAGGUGCCACCAGUGUGCAAGUGUGUGUGCAGUGUGCCACCAUGUGGUGAAGGGACUGUUUGUGUGGUGUCAGGGCUGCAGCCAUGGUGGACAUCUGGAGCACAUAAUGAACUGGCUCAAGAGCAGCGCCCACUGCCCUGCUGGCUGCGGCCACCUGUGUACCGAGAUGAGAUCCUCAGACCCCUUGUGAGACCAUAUGCUGGUGCGGUUGGCCCUGGGUUCCUCCUAAUGCAAGACAAUGCUGGACCUCAUGCAGCUGGAGUAUGUCAGCAGUUCCUGCAAGAGGAAGGCAUUGAUGCUAUGGACUGGCCCGCCCGUUCCCCAGACCUGAAUCCAAUUGAGCACAUCUGGGACAUCAUGUCUCGCUCCAUCCACCAAUGCCACGUUGCACCACAGACUGUCCAGGAGUUGGCAGAUGCUUGGGUCCAGGUAUAGGAGGAGAUCCCUCAGGAAACCAUCCGCCUUAGUUCUUGUUUGUACAGCAUUUUGGUCAGCUUAAACUGUGUCUAGAUCUGUGUUCUAGAAAUAAACUUUACUUACUUUACAAGAAACAGGGUUUAGAGAGCAAUUCUCAACAAAGUAAACGGAAGUACAUAAUCCUUGUGUUGUCCUUCGGGUCACUGGGACCCAAAGGACAACACAAGGGUUAAGGACAUUACAUCAAAUUUGGAUCAGCCUGUAGUGUGGUUUUCCACUUUAAUUUUGAGUGUGACUCCAAAUCCAGACCUCCAUGGGUUGAUAAAUUUGAUUUCCAUUGAUAAUUUUUGU